AUGUCUCUGUCCAAGAUAACUGGAUUGAUCCUCGGAUCUGCUGCCUUGGUGGCUGGCCACGGCUACGUGAGCGGAAUCGUCGUUGACGAUACCUACUACGGUGGAUACCUUGUCACUCAGUACCCUUACGAAAGUGACCCUCCAGAGCUCAUCGCUUGGUCGGAGCAAGAGACCGACCUAGGCUACAUUGAUGGUUCUGAGUACGCCAACUCCAACAUCAUCUGUCACAAGGAGGCCAAGCCAGGCGCUUUGGAGGCGCCUGUCAAGGCCGGUGGCUCCGUUGAGCUCCAGUGGACCACCUGGCCCUCCAGCCACCACGGUCCUGUCAUUACCUACAUGGCUAACUGUAACGGCGACUGUGACGAUGUUGACAAGACCACUCUGGAGUUCUUCAAGAUUGACCAGGGUGGCUUGAUCAGCGACACCGAGGAGCCAGGUACUUGGGCAUCUGACAACCUCAUCGCCAAUAACAACAGCCGUACUGUCACCAUUCCCAGCGACAUCGCCGAUGGAAACUACGUUCUCCGUCACGAGAUCAUUGCCCUUCACUCUGCUUCGGAAACCAACGGUGCCCAGAACUACCCCCAAUGUGUCAACCUGAAGGUCACCGGCGGCGGUAGCGCCACUCCUUCUGGUACCCUGGGUACCGCCCUGUACAAGAACACCGACCCCGGCAUUCUGAUCAACAUCUACACCUCCCUGAGCACCUACGACAUCCCCGGUCCAACCCUGUACACUGCAGGUGCCGCCGCAGCCACCGCUGCCUCCACCGCUGCUAGCUCCACCGUCGCCGCCGUCACUACCGCCGCCGCCGUCACCACCGCCAGCGCAGAGGUCACCAGCAGCCCUGUUUCCGUGGAAUCAAUUGUGCCCACAACUACUCCCAGCUCUUCAAUCGUCAGUGCCUUCCCAACCUGGAACCCCUCUUCCACCCCACCUUUCUCCAACUCCACCCGCGGAUGGCGUCCGUCUUUCAGCCGCGGGCCUGGUGGUCCCCUCGUCACAUCUGCUCCUGCUCCUCAGUUCUCCGCUCCCAGCGGUGCGCAGCAGAAGGAGUCUGCCACUGCUACCCCAAUCGUGGCUACCCCUAUCGUGAUCACCAUGACCGAGACCAGCACCUCCUGGGUCACCGAAAUGGUUACUCUUACUGACAAGUCUGUUGUGCAGACCACCAGCGCUGUCCCGGUCGCCUACGCCGUUACCACUACUAUCACCGAGGGAAGCGAGCCUGCCGAGACGGCCUCUCCCAGCGUUGACUCCGGCUCCUCUAGCUCUGGCUCUAGCUCUGAGUCGUCUGGUUCCUCCAGCUCUGGCUCCAGCUCUGAGUCUUCCGGCUCCGGCUCUUCAUCUACCACCUCGACCUCCACCACCUCCGCUACUUCAGACUACGUCUCCAGCGACUGGAUGUCCUACCUCAGCUCCUUGAGCGCCGCCGAGGUCCUCAAGAUGCUUCGCCAGACCUUCCGGUGGAUGGUCAGCAACGACAAGGUGCACGCUCGUGAUAUCACCAUCUCAAACUAG